GGACGCCUUGCGGAAUUGCUGAACGCCUCUCGUAACAUGUUUUAAGACGAGUGUAAAGAGUUACGGAAAAGAAAUUAAACUUAAGACCUCGCAUUUCAUUCUACAUACCAGCUAAAAAGUGUCAAGAGGAUGAAUUUGGUAAUCAAAUGUGAAAAACAAGAUGGAUGUGAAAUACUGCCACAUAGACGAUGAGGAUGGAGAAAAAUUGGACUGUUUUGGAUAUUGCUCUAACAUUUUCAAGAGCAUCAUUUAUUACUUGCUGGGGUGCUGCACAGGAGGAUUUAUUUUUCUUGUUGCCUAUUGGCGUCCAGACUGGGCUCUCAAGUUCAAAUGUUCUCCAUGUCCUUUAAAAAAGGCUACUCAGGUGCUCCUAAAGACCUCUUAUGGAGCUUGGUUUGUAGAAGAAAUCCAAACUAUUAUUGUGGACAAAGAAAGAUCACAUUCAAAUUCCACUUGUACUGUAGAGUUUGAUGAAGCUGACAAUUGUAAUCAUUAUGAUGAAACUGAGAGACUUCUUGGUGUGGCAGGUUCAGGAGGCUUGAUAUCACAGAGAAAAUACUUUUGCCACAAGUACCUUAGAUAUGUAUGGAAUGAGGACCAAGGAAGAUUUCAUUUUUUGAGGGGCCUUGAUAGUGGAUCUCACCCUGGAUUAUUCUACCAAUGUCCAUCUGGAUUAUCAUUAGAUGAAGUUCAAAUCAGACAGAAAAUGUAUGGCCCAAAUGUUAUUGAUGUUACUGUAAAGUCAUAUUGGAGGCUUUUCCUUGAAGAGGUUGCAGAUCCCUUCUAUGUGUUCCAGUUCUGCAGCAUUGUUUUAUGGUCAACUGAGGAUUACUACUACUAUGCUCUUGCCAUUUUGAUAGUCACAGUGGUUUCAAUAACAAUCACAGUAUACCAAACAAAAGUGCAUCUUGAGAGAUUGCGAAGCAUGGUGGCAGUGUCAGAGAGAGUCACUGUGUUGCGAAAUAAUGCAGAUCAAAUAGAUGUAUCAUCUGAUGAACUUGUUCCUGGUGAUUUGCUGGUCAUUCCACCUAAUGGGGCACAAGUUCACUGUGAUUCUGUCCUUAUUAGUGGUAACUGUAUUGUCAAUGAGAGCAUGCUAACAGGUGAAAGUGUUCCAGUCACAAAGAUUCCAUUGCCUUAUAUAAAGAGAUUAUCAAACAGUCCUUUGGAACAGAGAGAAGACCAGUAUAGCCCAGAACGGCACAAGAGACACACUCUCUUUAAUGGCACCAAUGUCAUACAAACCCGUUACUAUGGGAAUGUCAGGGUGCUAGCAGUUGUUGUUAGAACAGGAUUCUCCACAACCAAGGGUGGCUUAAUGCGUUCCAUUCUUAGUCCAAAACCAGUUGGCUUCAAAUUCUUCCGUGAUUCUAUGCGUUUUAUUGGCCUUAUGACAAUUCUUGCAAUGGUGGGAUUUUCGUACAGUGUGUACAUCUCAGUGGUGAAUGGGAUGUCUGUUGGGAAAAUUUUGGUGAGAUCUCUAGACAUCAUCACUAUUGCUGUUCCACCUGCUUUACCUGCAGCAAUGUCCGUGGGGAUUGUUUAUGCUCUACAGAGGUUAAAGAAAAAACAGAUCUACUGUAUCAAUCCCUCAAGAAUCAGUGUUUGUGGAAAACUCAAGCUGAUCUGUUUUGAUAAGACUGGAACAUUAACAGAAGAUGGUUUAAAUCUCCUGGGAGUAUUGCCAGUGCAAUCUGCAAGAUUUGGCACAGUGGUAUCAAAUGCAGAAAAUAUUUCUCAAAAACCUAUGUUAGCUGCCAUGGCAACCUGUCAUUCUUUGACAAUGAUUGAUGGUAGAUUGAGUGGUGAUCCUCUGGAUCUCAAGAUGUUUGAAGCUACUGACUGGAUUCUCGAGGAGCCAGGGGAAGACAAUACAAAGUUUGACAAUAUAGUUCCCACAAUUGUUAAACCCAAAACUGCUGAGGAGUUCAUUAUCGAGUCUGCUUUAAAAGGGCAUACUCCCUAUGAAAUAGCUGUCCUUCGACAGUUUCCAUUUUCUUCAGAACUGCAGCGUAUGAGUGUUGUGUGUCGUACUCUUGGUGCCCCCAAUAUGGAUGUUUAUGUAAAAGGUGCUCCAGAAACUAUUACAAGUCUGUGCCAACCACAAACAGUUCCAGGAGAUUUUACCAAUGUUCUGCAGCACUAUACCACGAAAGGUUACAGAGUUUUGGGUUUGGCAUGGAAACCACUGGAUUCUAAACUGUCAUGGCAUCAUGUCCAUAGAGUUUCACGGGAUCGAAUAGAAUCAAACCUGCAAUUCCUGGGACUUUUGAUUCUUCAAAACGCAGUGAAACCCCAGAGUUAUCCUGUUAUAAGAACGCUUCAAAAUGCAGAUAUCAGAACUGUAAUGGUGACAGGUGAUAACAUGUUAACAGCUGUGAGCGUUGCUAGAGACUGUGGAAUGAUUGCACCUACACAUCAGGUUGUCGAACUAACUGCUAAGCUGAGUGAGGACCACUCUCACGAAAUUCAUGUCAAUUGGUGUGUUGUUGGAGCUGUUCAAAGUCGCAGCCAUGAUUAUAAGACUGAGCGUAAUUACAUAGAUGGAGGAAGAAGAUGUAUUCACGUGGCAGUUUCAGGGAAAACAUUUGCUUUAAUCAGAAUUCACAAGCCUCAGCUAUUUAACAAGUUGCUUAUGUCAGGAACUGUAUUUGCUCGAAUGUCACCUGACCAAAAGACGCAUCUUAUUCAAGGGUUGCAGAACCUGAAGUAAGUAAUGCUGUAGCAGAGUUAACGGAAAAAAGAAGCCUCACUUUUCUCUGUUCUGUUGUAAAGCACGCAGGAAGAAGUUAGAGCACAAAAGAACUGUAGGGGGAGUCACAAGACUUAGUUGUUUGUUUUCCCUACUUCUUUUGUUACGCUUUCUGAAUGCUUUACAAGAAAACAAGCACAGUCGAGGUUUUGUUUGUUUGUUUUUUUACGAUAAAGAAUACAUUAAAUUCCUCACGUAUUUGUAUAAUUUUCAAAACGAACUCAAUUUUCAAUAGGAACGGAGAUGGCGUGAGCGUGCAUAUGUUCUCUAAAUUUUUUUAAUUUUCCUUAAAUGUUCCCCAUCAAUGUCUGGUUCGAAAAAUACAUUAAAAAAGAGGGGUCUUCUUUGUGAGAUAUAAUUGACCAA